CAGGGGAGAGGGCUCGCUUUGUGCCAACGCCCUUCUAGUCAGCGCUUGCUUCUCUCGCCUGAAAAACGGAGCUGCCCUUUUUUUUUUUUCCCCCUCCCUUCUUCUUCUCUUCCCUUCUCUUCCUCUUCCUUCCCCGCCUCGCCACCACCAGCGCGGCCCCGGAGCGUUCAGCGAGCGCAAGCCCGACCCAAGCAGGGCGCCAGCCGGCCGGCCUAGCGCUUCAGCGGAGAGCGAGGUUUUGAGCAACCGUACUUCGAUACAGGUCAUCUUUCCUCCUGAAUCAGUUGCCUUACCGCUCAGGCCACUGCAGUCUUAACAUGGAAAAGACCGAGAUGAUCCAGAAAGCCAAGCUGGCUGAGCAGGCAGAGCGCUAUGAUGAUAUGGCAACCUGCAUGAAGGCAGUGACAGAGCAAGGUGCUGAAUUAUCCAAUGAGGAACGCAACCUUCUCUCCGUAGCCUAUAAGAAUGUCGUUGGGGGGCGGCGCUCUGCUUGGCGGGUGAUCUCCAGCAUUGAACAGAAAACGGAUGGCAAUGAUAAGAAAAUGCAACUUGUCAAGGAUUAUCGAGAGAAAGUAGAAUCCGAGCUUAAGUCCAUCUGUACUACUGUUUUGGAACUGCUGGACAAAUACUUAAUAGCUAAUGCAACUAAUCCAGAGAGCAAGGUCUUUUAUCUGAAGAUGAAAGGAGACUAUUUCCGUUAUCUUGCAGAAGUUGCAAGUGGAGACGACAGGAAACGUGAGUCCCGUAAAACAAUAGAAAAUUCACAGGCAGCUUAUCAAGAAGCAUUUGACAUCAGCAAGAAAGAGAUGCAACCUACACAUCCAAUUCGUUUGGGUCUAGCGCUUAACUUCUCAGUGUUUUAUUAUGAGAUCCUCAACAAUCCAGAGUUGGCCUGCACAUUGGCAAAGACAGUAAGCUUUGAUGAAGCCAUUGCUGAACUUGAUACACUGAAUGAAGACUCAUACAAAGAUAGCACACUCAUCAUGCAGUUGCUUAGAGACAACCUCACAUUAUGGACAUCAGACAGCGCAGGAGAAGAAUGUGAUGCUGCGGAAGGUGCAGAAAAUUAA